AUGCGCUUUACGUCGUUCAUUCUCCCUGCAUCUCUCGUUCUCGGGGCAUUUGCCAAUCCCGUUCCUAGCCCGCUCGAGGCAUUCAAGCGCGCAGGUCCAGCCGCCGGACAAGUCAUUACCAAGUGCUCGUCGUCUGGGAUGCUUGCUUUGGCUUUCGAUGAUGGUCCCUAUCAGUACACCCAAAAACUGGUGAACACGCUUAACGCGGCAGGAGCAAAGGCGACUUUCUUCGUCACUGGCACCUUGUAUGGUUGCAUUCAUAACCAAGCCGCUGCCGUCAAAUCCGCCUACAAUUCUGGCCACCAAAUUGCGUCUCACUCGUGGAGCCACCCGUCCAACUUUGGGUCUUUGAGUGCAUCAGAUCUCAAAAACCAGAUGCAGAAGCUCGAGGGUGCCCUAAACGCAAUCAUUGGAAAGAAGCCCACGUACAUGCGCCCUCCGUACCUCGCGACAGGUGGAAAUGUACUUCCGACGAUGAGGUCACUUGGAUACCGUGUCAUCACGGACGACAUUGACAGUGGGGACUGGAAUGGUUUGAGCCCGGCCCAAAGCCAAGCCAGGUUCUCCCAAGCCGGUGCAGGCGGACUUGGUCACAUUCCUCUCAUGCAUGAAGUCUAUGCAAAUACGGUCAACACACUUGUCCCAUGGUUGAUCAACUGGGCCAAGCAAAACAAACUCAGGCUUGUCACCGUCGCUGAAUGUCUUGGGGAUGCUGGAGGAGCUUAUACCACCCCAACUGUCGCCGCCACGCGCAGCUGCUGA